UCGCCUUGACAUACGUUUGAACCUCUCUCGAUCUAUGGUGACUCAGUGGGCCGAAAGCGGCCUUCUUUAUCGAUAAGCGAGCAGCCUUUUCCGUCCCAAAAAUUUCUCCAUACCCCUCCGCAAAAGCCCACUUGACGCAUAGCAUUGACACAUUCUCGACUUGUUCCAAAACAUCUUUCACUAUCGGGAAAAUGGCUACUGCUACAGACUCAGCACCAGCUACCUGUAAGGUUGUGCUCUCUAAGCAUGUCGUCAGCAGUCUGCUUUCAGAGGUCCAGGAGGGCGUGAAGACCCUGGAGAAGCCCCCUCACCUGGUGGGCUUUCUGGCCAACAAUGACCCUGCGGCACUCAUGUAUGCCCAGUGGACGGAGAAGACCUGUGAAGAAAAUGGCUUCCGGUAUUCCCUCCGCCAUGUUGAGCGUGACGACCUCGAAGAGGCUAUUCUAGCUGCUAAUGUCGACUCUGACGUGGACGGCAUUAUCGUAUACUACCCCAUUUUCAACAACCGCCAAGACCAGUACUUGCAACAGAUUGUCGACGUAUCCAAAGAUGUAGAGGGUCUAAGUCAUCGCUACAUCUUCAACAUGUAUCAGAACAUCCGUUUCCUCGACCCGGAGACGAAGCGGCAGAAGUGUAUCCUCCCUUGCACACCCCUCGCUAUUAUCAAGAUCCUCGAGUUCCUCAACAUCUAUAAUACGAUUUUGCCGUAUGGGAACCGUCUCUUUGGGAAAACCAUCUGCGUGGUAAACCGAUCGGAGGUCGUCGGUCGGCCGCUGGCAGCUCUGCUAGCGAAUGAUGGAGCCUGCGUCUACAGUGUUGAUGUGACUGGUAUCCAAAAGUUCACCAGAGGUGAAGGUAUCAAGAAGCGGAGACACGAAGUUCACGAAUUGGAAGGCAAGACUCUGAAGGAUGUGGUUCCGUUGUGUGACGUCGUCAUUUCUGGUGUUCCUGGGGAUAAGUACAAGUUCGAUACUAGCCUCCUCAGAGAGGGUGCUGUGUGUGUCAACUUCUCCAGUGAGAAGAACUUCGGACCGGAAGUGAAGGAGAAAGCCUCGAUUUUUAUGCCUUCCACUGGAAAGGUGACCAUCGCUGUUCUACUUAGAAACCUUCUGAGACUCAUUCAAAACCGGAGAUUGGAUGACGUGAAGCCUGCUGAAGCCACCGAGCGUCCCGGUACCCUGGAAGCUGCUUCUGAAUAAUUGUUUCGGGAGACGAUAUCAUUCAGAAACCAUUCGAAUUAUAGAGCUUAUUUUCCCUAUUGUUAUUCCUUUCCUCAUUUUCUCUAGAUGAAUUAUUAUAUACCUAUUUUAAAAGUCAUUUCGUGCGCGAGCUGUUAGGCUGAUCUUGCUGGACUGAUCAAUAAAACAGCCAAUGUCCUUUGUUUGCUUGGGAGUUGGAAUUCUUG